CUCUCUCUGUCUCACACCAUGUGAAACUGCUCCGUUUUCAUCAUAUUCAUCUCUAUGAAAUCCAGAAGAAACAACUGAAACUGAAAACGAAAUCAAAGAAAACAAAAACGAAAACAAUGUUCAGAUUACACAAACACAAAUCGGAUAAAUUCGGAGAGAAAUGCGAUUUCAAGUUCUCUAACUUUCAGGCUGUUCAGGUUCCCAAAGGAUGGGACAAGCUUGUUGUAUCUAUUAUCUCUGUAGAGACAGGCAAAACCAUAGCUAAGUCAGGGAAAGCAACGGCACGAAAUGGAAAUUGCCAAUGGAUUGAGACUUUUUCAGAGUCUAUUUGGAGUCAACCGGAUGAUGCAUCUAAAGCUGUUGAAAAAUGCGUCAUUAAGUUUGUUGUUUCCAUGGGGUCAUCGAGAUCCGGCAUCCUUGGCGAGGCUUUUGUCAAUUUAGCAAGCUACAUGAGUUCAAAAAGUCUUAUUCCUAUUUCAUUACCAUUGAAAAAAUGUAAUAGUGGGACGAUCUUACAACUUAAAGUUCAGUGCCUAACACCCAGAGCAAAACUCAGGGAUGAACAGUGGAAAGACACAAAUUCAGAUAUGGAGGACGUGAAUGUUGACUAUGACGAGUUGGAAAACAAAUCAGAUGUCUCUGAUGGUACAUUCACAAGGAGUAUUGGAUCUUCAUCUAGCAACCAUUUGGAUGGUGCAUCUCAAGCAGGAGAACCAUGUAGUCGGAACAUGAGCUUCUCACCGUCAGCUUCUCGUAAUAGCUUUGACUCUGUAGAGGGCUCCUCUGGCAGGGAAAAUUUUUCCCCUCUAAGUUACUCAAGUGGAGUAGUGAACAAUCUGGUUGGAAGACAAGAUUCAGUUGGCUCUCAAAAUAGUUCUCCUUAUAGCUCUUAUUCUUUUCAUGAUCCAUUUCGGUCAAACCAGUCGUCCUUUAAUUCAAAAGCUGUAAAUUCCGGAAGCCAUCUUCAAACUCAAAGAGAAGAAUUCAAUCGAGUUCCACGUGCUGUUGCCUCAUCAACUUUACGGAGUGCUGGUUCAUCUAAAGACCUUCUGGAAGCUGCAGAAGUUACAAUUGAGGAGCUCCGUGCUGAAGCUAGGAUGUGGGAACAAAAUGCUCGAAAGCUAAUGUUUGAUUUCGAGAAACUACAGAAGGAAUCAUUGGAGCAAUCAACACGUCAAGCAAGCCUUGAAACUGCGCUCUCAGAAUCACAUGCUAAAUGUGAUAGCUUGAAUAAGGAAAUUGAGCAGCUGAAGAUCUUGGUUGAAGAAUCACAGGUGCAACCAACUGCUACUGAGAAUUUGAAGUUUCAGGCUGAAGAUAUAGAAAAAAUUCUGAAGGAACUGGAAGAUGAGAUAAAGUUUCAAAAAGAAUCAAACGCAAAUUUGACGCUGCAGCUAAAGAAGACACAAGAAUCAAACAUUGAACUUCUUUCCAUUCUUCAGGAACUUGAAAAGACUGUAGAGAAACAGAAAAUGGAAAUUGACAGUCUCUCUAAAACAAAACCAGAAGUUGAGGUAAGAAUGAAUGGCCAAGGGUUUGAAGACAAUAAGCAAAUGAAUACAACUGAGCAGAUUUUAGUAAAGAAGAUGAGAGAAAUCUCCUGUGAUUCAGAUAUGGAAGGAAGUAUUAUCGAACACCCGACAAGAGAUUUGAAUGCUGAGGUUGGACAAGAGGAUAAGAGGAAGCUAGAACUUGAGCUAAAGCAGUUACUGGAUGUUAAAAAGAAAUUGGAGAGUACCAUUCAGUUUCUGGAAAGAUCUCUGGAGGAAAAAAACCAUGAGGUAGAGCUGGAACGAGGUUCAAAGACUCAAACUCUAAUGGACUGUGAGGCAAAGUGGAGGGCUAUAAUAACUGAAAAAGAGAAAAAAAUCAUCAAUUUGGAAGCUGAGUUAUCUGAGGCUCGAAAUGCUCAAGAAUUGAAGGUAAUGGUUUCUGAAAAUAAAGAUAGUCACAAUCUAGUUGUAGAAGUUGAUGUUCUAAAACAGAAGAUUCAGGAACUUGAGAGGGAUUGCAAUGAACUCACGGAGGAAAACCUGGAACUUCUGUUUAAGCUCAAAGAAUCAAAAAAGGAUCUUGUGACGUCAGAUGCCUCUUCUAAAUCUUUAUCAAAUGAGUGUGCGGGGAACAAUUUUGCCUUUACAUCUGAAUCUACAGGAAGAAAACUGAAGUCUCAAAUAUGCAAGCAGGAAGAUGACCUUGAGCACCAGUUGCAAGCUUUCAAGGACAAAGUUUGUUUUCUUGAUGGUGAACUCUGUAGUUGUCGCUCCAGAGCAGAAAAGCAGGAAAUUGAAAUUGCUGCUCUGCAACAACAGCUAGAACUUUACCAGAAAAAGGAAACUGAGAUUCAAGAUCAUCCUGCAGUUGUCUGUUCAAAGUGUAAGAUUUAUGAAUCAGAUACUUCCAUCGAAAUUUCGAAAUUGCUCUCUGAGUUAUAUGAACAGGUUCAACUCUCUUUAGACCAGCUAAAGAAGCAACAAUCUGGUCUUAUUCCUCAUGCAAGUACUGCGUGUAGUUAUGGCUUUGACAAGUCAGAAAUUUCAACGAGUACAGAUUUACAUACUCAAAAGGAGCAAGUUGAGGCUAUCUUGAAAGAUUUUAUCCAGCUGAAAAUGUUUUUUGAAGCGAAAAUUACUGUUGAUGAGGAUGAACUUCAAUCUAACAAAGAAGUCGGAGCAGCAGGGGAAAACUCAGAAGGAAUUCAGGAUGCAGAAUAUGAAUCUGAAACUACAGAUCCUGCUAAGGAACUCUUGUCUCAGAUAGAUGAGCUCAAAUCUGAGAAUUUGCUGAAAGAAGAAGAGAUCAAUGCUCUAAGACAUUACUGUAGAGAGCUGGAAACUCAGCUUUCUGAUCUUCAAAAAGAAAAAGCCCUGUUGGAGGAAAGUAUGGAGACGAUGCUUAGAGAAGGAACUACCAACUCUAAACACUUGGAUGAUUUGCGUAAUGAAAUGAUGGUGCUGAAUAGCAACAUGUAUUCUCAGGUUUCAGCCAACAAGAUUCUUGAAAGCAAGUCUUCUGAGCUAGAGGGCGGCAAACAUGACCUGGAAGUUCACUUGCAUGAAGUAGAAGAAGAGAAUGUACAGUUGUCUGAACGGAUAUGUGGCUUAGAAGCACAGCUAAGAUAUUUGACUAAUGACAGAGAGUCAAGUCGCUUGGAAUUGGAGAAUUCAAAAUCUCUUGCUCAGGAUCUCCAGGAUGAGAUAAGAAGAUUGGAAGCUGAAAUGGAGGCUCUGAAAGCUGAAAUGAAGCAGAAGUUACAGGACUCGCAAAAAAGAUGGAUUGGAGUUCAAGAAGAAUGUGAAUAUCUGAAAGUAGCAAAUCCAAAGCUACAAGCUACGGCUGAAAGUCUCAUUGAAGAAUGUAGUUUACUGCAGGAAUCAAAUGCAGAGCUAAGAAAGCAGAAAAUGAAGUUGCAUGAACACUGUGCAGUCUUGGAAGCUGAACUGGGAGAAUCAGAAAAUGUUUUUUCUGAUAUGUCAAAGAAACUUGAAGCACUUGAAGAAAAAUAUUCUUCAAUGCUGGAAGAAAUUGCUUCAAAGGAGAAAGCCAUUAACCUAGAACUAGAUGCAUUGCUUCAUGAAAACAAAAAGCAUAAAGAUAAAGUUGUUACUGAAGAGAGUCUGUUUAAUCAGAUGUACUUCGAGAAGACGGUUGAAGUUCAGAGCCUUCAAAGGGAGGUUGCACUCCUUACUGAACAGAUAUCUGCGACUCAAGAUGAAAAGGAUAGAACAGCUUCCGAAGCUGUACUUGAAGUGUCCCAUCUACGUGCAGAUAAAGCUCUACUUGAAGCUGCUCUUCAAGAAGUCAAAGAGAAACUAAAAUUAUUGGAGAGCAACCUUGAUACCCUCCAGGUGGAAUCUCAGGCGAAGGUGCAACAGCUUAUGGGUGAACUUGCUGCUUCAAAGCAAAACCAGGAAGUUCUGACGGCUGACCAUGAAAAACUAUUGGAUUUGUUGGAGGAUGUUAAAUCCAAUGAAGAGAAACACAGAAGCACCAUUAGAGGGCUUGAGUUAAAACUCAAAGCUUCUGAAUAUGAGAGGUUACAGGUAGCAGAAGAAGUUUCCAGCCUUAAGGUUCAACUGGAGAAAACAGCACUGCUGCAGGAUGAAGUUCUAAGCCUUAAGAAAUCACUCAAUGAGGCCAAAUUUGAAAAUGAAAGACUGGAAGCUUCUUUCCAGAUAUUAUCAGGAGAUUACGAAGAACUUCGGGCUGAGAGAAGCCUAUGUAUGGAGAAAAUCUCUAGUAGUCAGAAGGCGAUUUCUGAACUAGAGGACUACAAGCGUAAAAAAGUUGCCCUCGAGGAAAAGGUUCUUCGGCUGGAGGGGGAUUUAACAGCAAGAGAAGCAGUAGGUUCCCAGGAAGCAGUGCUUAAAAAUGAGCUCGCGCAGAUAAGGAGGGAAAACAGCCAAUUCCAGAGAAAGAUAAAAAAUCUUGAGAAGGAGAAGGAAGAAUGUAUGAAAAUGGCUCAAGCUCUUGAACAGGAAUUGAAGCAGACGAAAGAAAUAAAACAGGAUAAUCUUGAGUCUGUUGCAAAUCUUUCUCAUCCUGAUUCAACUGCUACCGGUACUUCUCUCCAUGACAAAUUGAAGGAGCAAGACAAUGGCAAUCUGCAGACCAAUGAGAAGCCAUCUGCGGGAGCUGGUCAACUACAACAAAACCAAAGACAGGUUGAUAACGACCAAAAUUAUGAUACUUUGUCGAAGAUUCAGUCUCUUGAGAAUGAACUAGCCGAGGCUUUGGAGGCAAACGACAUGUAUAAACAACAGCUUAAGAGAUUUUUUUCCAAUGAACUGAGUGAAGAUGGAGCUGUGAAGAAAAAUGGACACGAUCUAAAGGCAGCAUCACUCGAGGCAGAGCUGAAAGAUCUUCGUGAACGCUACUUUCAAAUGAGCCUUAAGUAUGCCGAAGUCGAAGCUGAACGAGAGCAGCUUGUGAUGAAGCUCAAAGCUGGCAAUGGUCGAAGAAAAUGGUUUUGAUGAAUUAAAUAAAUUCUAGGUGAUUUUUUUUUUCAGCUCUUAUCUUAUUCUUUUUACUCACUAAUUUUUUGUCCUCUAUAGUUUAUAUAGCCCGUCGUUAGUAUCCAAAAAAAAAAAAAAAAAAAA